AUGGAAAUACGCGAAGAUGGCACAAAAUUCUGGACACCUUCAACAGGAAAGGAGAAGACACCAUACGAAGGGCAGCGAUUCGAAACAGUAGAUAUCGGGAUUGAGUUCUACGAGGCAUACGCUAAGGAUGCAGGAUUCGAUGUUAGGCACGACACAAAGCGUAGAAAUCGUUUCGGGGAAGUGUCAAUUAAAUACAUGCUAUGCUCACGAGAGGGGUACAAGGCCGAACCGAAGGAAUCAAAAAACAAGAGACGGAGGAGAGUGUCAAACAGGAUAGGCUGUAGGGCUCAUAUGGUAAUGACAAAGUGUGACACCGGCGGAUAUAAAGUCCAUGCAAUUGAGGUGCGGCAUACACAUUGCCUCUGCUCAGAUGAGGGGAAAACUUUUUUAAAGGUAAAUAGACAACUCGACAUCGGCCACAAAACCUUCUUAACUCACUGUGCAAAGGCAAACAUAGGCCCCACAAAAGCUUUCAGACUAUUCAAAGAAAUAGUGGGCAGUUUUACCGAUAUAGGAGCAACGUGCAUUGACUUCUGCAAUUUUAGACGGGACCUAUUGGCCUAUAUAGCGGAGGCAGAUGCACAAAUGGUGAUAGAAGACAUGUUCAAAAGAAAAGAGGACAACCCAGACUUCUACUUCGAUUUUGACAUCGACGAAGACGCACAAUUAACAAGGUUAUUCUGGGCGGACGCAGAAUGUAGGAGGAAUUAUGCAUGCUUUGGCGACGUCAUGUCAUUCGAUGCCACGUACAACACAAACAGGUACAAGUUAGUGUUCGUCCCUUUUACGGGGGUCGAUAACCACAAAAGGUGCAUUACAUUUGGGGCGGGGUUGAUUGCGAAAGAAGAUGUGGAAUCAUAUGAGUGGUUCGUCAACAAUUUCAAGAAUGCAAUGGAAUACACACCAAGAUGUACUACAACUGACCAAGAUCCAGCACUGAAGAUAGUAGUACCACAGACUAUGCCAACGACAAAGCACAGAUUCUGUAUGUGGCACAUCAUGAGUAAAGUCGGGGAAAAGGUAGGGGUUGCCUUGUGGCAUAAUACAGACUUCAAAACAGCACUGAAUAAUAUCGUAUGGGAUGACACAUUAACCAUAGAUGAAUUCGAGACAAAAUGGGCAACACUAAUGAAGGAGUACAAACUAGAAGAACAUAGGUGGUUUGGGCAACUGUACGAGGUACGCACAUCAUGGAUACCGGCGUAUUUCAACGACAUACUAAUGGGAGGACUACUCAGGACGACUUCAAGGUCAGAAUCUGAAAACAGCUAUUUUGGAAAAUUUACAAACCACCACUGCAGCUUGGUAAAAUUCAUGGCGCAAUACAACAGUGCAAUCGGAGAACAGAGACAUAACCAGAAAAAAGUCAUCGCAGAAAAUGAAAGUUCGUACCCGGAAACUAAAACCCCUUUGAGCAUUGAGAAGCACGCAGCUACAGUCUACACCAUCAACAUAUUCUAUGAAUUUCAACAAGAGGUAUGGGAUGCCAGUUUCACAUGCCACAUCACCAACAAAAACAACGUAGGUGACAUAUGUAUUUACACAGUUGAAGAAACAAGAGGAAAAUUGUUCAAAGUAACAGAAAUCCCUACAUCGAAGACAAUUGAGUGUGCGUGCAAGAAAUUCACUCGUGUGGGGAUACUAUGCAAGCAUGCGGUGUUGGUUAUGAAGGCAAGAGGGUAUGAAUCAAUCCCACAUAAGUAUAUUGUUCCACGAUGGACACGAGACGCAUGUGCACACCCAUUAUACGAUGUCCCGUGGGCAAGAAGAAGAAAUAUUCCCAAGGCAAGUGAAACAACAAAAGUUGCCAAUCAACUAUGGAGUGAAUUCUACAACUGCAUGGGAUUGGCCAAUGGGUGGCCUGACAAAAUGGAGCACAUGUUGGCAACUUUGCAACAGCUGAAAAAAGAUCUAGAAAGGGAAAGGCAACAAACACAAGACAAUGGCAACAACGAAUCUGUGUUCGAAAGUCUAGUCGGAGCAAGCAGACCGAGCAACAUACAAAUAAAACCACCCCAAGUUGCAAAGAACAAAGUAAGUGGGAAGAGACUCAAAAGCAACAAAGAGAAAGCCACCACAAAGAUACAGAAGAAAAAACAAAGGACGUGCAAUAUAUGCGACCUCCCAGGCCACAACAGUCGCACCUGUCCAGAAAAACUCACAUCACACGAAGGGUAG